AUGGCGGAAUUGAGAGAUUUGGUGGGUUCUCUGGCCACCUCCAGUGCGAACAAGUUCAAUAACAUCGAGCAAUUCAUGGAGAAAGCUUCAGGCAAAUUCUUGGAGCUAGAAGCUGGUCAGAGAAAUACACAGGCUGUGCUACGGGAUAUACAGACCCAGCUUGGGAGUGUUGCCCAGGCUGUAGCUCAGAGGACUCCUGGUACCCUGCCUGGUCAGACCAUUCCUCAUCCACAGGAUCCGAAUGCCAACUGCAGUGCCAUCACAACCAGGAGUGGCAAGGUGACUGCCGAUCUGCCUGUUCGGGCAGAGGAGAGAGAGACCCCUGCUUCAGCACUUCUAGCUAAUCAGGAAGACAUGGAGAAGGAGGUUGAGGUGUAUGCUCCUAUAUCGCAACCAGUGGUGAAGGAGUAUGUACCCCAGCUUCCCUUUCCUACUCGGUUGCACAAGGACCGACUGGAGACUGAGUUUGCCAAAUUCAUGGCAAUGCUGAAGCAGGUAAACAUUAGCAUGCACUUUGUGGAGGCAUUAUCGAAGAUGCCCAAGUAUGCCAAAUUCAUGAAGGAUCUCCUCACCAACAAGAGGAAGCUUGGGGAGCUGUCAACGGUGAUGCUCAACGAGGAGUGUUCUGCCAUCCUGCAGAACAAACUACCAGAGAAGCGAAAAGACCCAGGGAGUUUCACUAUCCCUUGCAUGAUUGGUAGUUUGCAUAUAGGGAAGUCCUUGGCGGAUUUAGGCGCUAGCAUAAAUGUCAUGCCUUAUAAACUGUUUAAAAAGCUAGGCCUAGGUGAACCCAGUGAUACUAGGAUGAGCAUCCAGCUUGCUGAUAGAUCCAUUGUGCAUCCUAGGGGUAUAGCAGAGGACUUGAUAGUCGCAGUAGGGCCAUUUUCAUAUCCUGCUGAUUUUGUGAUUUUGGACAUAAAUGAGGAUGUUGAUGUGCCAUUGAUACUGGGUAGACCUUUUCUCGCCACUGCCAAGGCGCUUAUUGAUGUUAAUGAUGGAAAACUGAUUUUGAGAGCUGGGGGUGAACAAAUCACCUUCUCUGUUUCUGAUAAUAUGAAACACCCCCAGCUCCAUGAUGAUCUAGAUUACUGUGAUGUUGUUGCUGAUUUUGAGACCGCACUCGCCAUCACGAGUGCGGGUACUGAUGAUUUCCUUGAGCGUUGUCUUUUGCUAGGGAAACAGGCAUCACAGGAUGUGCAGCUGGAGGAGCAACUGGCAGAGCUGGACGAGGCCAUGAUCGAGGGGCGAGAGAUACCAUUCAAGCCGAUCCCCAUCUCGCCCCGGCUCGCUACAUCAUUGGAGGAGCCACCAGAGUUGGAGCUUAAGCCCCUCCCAUCUCACCUGGAGUAUGCAUUUCUCCGGGAGGGGAAUAAGCUCCCGGUCAUUAUUAGCUCGGAUCUGACACCCGAGCAGAAGAGCGGGCUGGUGGCUUUGCUGCAGAAGUAUGCCCGGGCCAUGGCAUGGAAGAUCACAGACAUCGGAGGCAUUAGCCCAUCCUUCUGCUCCCACAGAAUUCUGAUGGAGGAUGAGGUUAAGCCAUUCAGGCAGCCGCAGAGGAGAUUGUCUCCUAACUUGGAGGCAGUGGUCCGGGCAGAGAUUGUGAAGCUCAUGGAUGCAGGGAUCAUCUUUGCUAUAUCUGAUAGCAAGUGGGUCAGCCCCACUCAGGUGGUCUCGAAGAAAGGCGGGAUGACUGUGGUCCCGAAUGAGAAGAAGGAGUUGAUCCCGAUGCGGACCGUGACCGGCUGGAGAGUCUGCAUCGACUACCGGCGCCUGAAUGACGCCACCAAGAAAGAUCAUUUUCCCCUACCUUUCAUUGAUCAGAUGCUGGAGAGGUUGGCUGGCCAUGAGUUCUAUUGCUUCCUGGAUGGCAUGUCUAGUUACUUCCAGAUUCCUAUUGCUCCGGAGGAUCAGGCGAAGACCACAUUCACUUGCCCCUUCGGUACUUUUGCUUACAGGAGGAUUCCAUUUGGGCUGUGUAAUGCACCGGCGACCUUCCAGAGAUGCAUGCUGGCGAUCUUCGACCGACUGGUUGGAGAGAUCAUGGAAGUCUUCAUGGAUGAUUUCUCGGUUUAUGGAGACUCCUUCUCUCAUUGUCUCCAUAACCUGGAACUUGUUCUGAAGAGGUGUGAAGAGACGAAUCUGGCACUCAGCUGGGAGAAGUGCCAUUUUAUGGUUCGUGAGGGUAUUGUGCUCGGGCACAAGAUCUCCAAGCAGGGGAUUGAGGUGGAUCGCGCGAAGAUUGAGACGAUUAGUAAGCUACCUCCUCCCAUUUCUGUGAAGGGGAUCCGCAGCUUUCUAGGUCACGCAGGCUUCUACCGGCGCUUCAUCAAAGAUUUCUCGAAGAUUGCCCUGCCUUUGACCAAGCUGCUAGAGAAGGAUGCACCAUUCCAAUUCACUCCCGAGUGCACAGCUGCAUUUGAGACUCUUAAGGAGAAGCUGACCCAUGCCCCUAUCAUGGUAACUCCUGACUGGUCUCUCCCUUUUGAGCUGAUGUGCGAUGCGAGUGACUAUGCAGCCGGAGCAGUUCUGGGUCAGAGACGCGAGAAGCACUUCCAGCCCAUCUACUACGCGUCGAAGACUUUGAACGAUGCACAGGAGAACUACACCACCACUGAGAAGGAGCUCCUCGCUGUGGUGUAUGCAUUUGACAAGUUCCGGCCAUACCUGGUGCUCUCACAUGUGGUGGUCUACACAGAUCACUCGGCGAUUCGCUACUUGAUGAGCAAGGCUGAUGCAAAGCCUCGGCUCAUCCGCUGGAUCCUGCUUCUGCAGGAAUUCGACAUCGAGAUCCGGGACAAGAAAGGAGCCGAGAAUGUUGCUGCAGAUCAUCUUUCAUGGUUGGAAGCCUCUCCGGUGGACAACUUCGUGGAAGAGAUCGACGACUCUUUCCCGGGUGAGCGAUUGCUGGCGAUGACACUGGUGGACAGCGUGACCCCUUGGUAUUCUGACUUUGCCAAUUAUCUGGUGGGCAAGCAGUUACCCAAGGGGAUGGCUACACAUGCAAAGCGCAAGUUCUUCUACGAUCUGAAGCACUACUUCUGGGAGGAUCCUUUCCUCUUUAGAAUCGGAGCAGAUGGCGUGAUCCGGCGCUGUGUCAUGGAGCACAAGAUGGGAGACAUCCUGUCUCAAUGCCACGAGGGACCUACUGGAGGUCACCAUGGAGGAAACCGCACGGCGCGGAAGGUGGUACAGUCGGGCUUCUAUUGGCCCUCGCUCUUCAAGGAUGCAGACUCCUUCGCACGCCAGUGCGACCGCUGCUAG